AUGCAGCAGCGGAUCGCGGAACUCGAACGUGCUGAAGAAUCGCGGAAGAACACAAGUCCAGAUAGUCGUGAUACACCUGUCAACCCUACAGCACCAACGCUUUCCAAUGGCUGCACUUCUGGUAAUCAGACCUUCUCGGAACUGAAUCAAAACAUGCAUCAAACUGCGGACACAGCUUCCCAACCACUCGACAGUCGACCUUUUGGAGGGCUAUCAUAUGGAAAUGCUAUGUCGAGGCCAGUAGGCCCGGUACGCUUUGCGACCGACUCGGAUCAGAUCUUGUCACUUGCACAGAAUCCGCGUCUCGUCACCAGUGCCCAGAACACCACUGCCAUUAGCCACUCCUCCAGCACAGAUGGGCCAGAGGAUACUGCGCUGAAACACGCCGAAACAUUACCGCCAAAUGAUGAGAUCGGGGUUGUCGCACCACGCUUCGGAUACUAUGGUGAUUCGAGUGCGUUGACGUUUAUGAGCCAAGUGCGCAGCGUACUUGACCAUGCCGAAAGCGGUGCAGGUAAUCUUGAGAGCGAGCCAUCAAGUCCCGCUGCGGCGCCUGUGGCUCCUACGUCGACAAACACACGGCCAAACAGGAACCUCGCGGGUUUCCAGCGAGCAGCCGACCUACAGUUGUAUGCGUUGCCCAGCAGGGAGCACGCAGACGCUCUGCUCGAGGGUUACUGGGCAUGGGUACACAAUCUUCACCCCUAUCUCGACCGGACGCACUUCUCGGAGAGAUACGAAAGUAUCUGGGGUGCUUCUAGGGCAGCCAACAGCGGAAGGGGGCCCGAGCAUCAUUCGUCGACAUCUCAAGCGGCCAGAGAUGCUGACCGAAUGACCAAGGAUGAACGUGGAGACAAGAAGACUUUCUACUGUACUCUGAAUAUCGUCUUUGCCCUUAGCUGUCAAUUUGAUCCUACUCUGGACCCUGCUGGAUCUGGGAUGAGCGACAUUUUCUGGCAACGAGCGAAAACACUGAUUGAGCAGGACUUUAACAUUUUCAACAAAGGCAGUAUACCUCUGAUCCAGGCACUAUUGCUAUUCUCGGCGUAUAUGCAAAGCACGGAGCUUUCUGGGGGUUGCUGGCUCACCUGCAGCGCGGCAAUAAGUGUCGCUCAGAUUAACGGACUGCAUGAGGUGCACUCCGGGGUCCCCCCAGGGUUCAAGUCGCAGAAAGAGCUUGAUCUACGCAGGAGGGUGUGGGGCGGCUGUAUCAUGCUUGAUCGAUCACUAUCCAUGAUAUAUGGCCGUCCUUCAAUUAUGACUUCCCGAACUUGGGUCGGUCAUCAUAACCGACUUCACAACCACGGCCUGAGUCCCAACCAUAGCCCAAUCAAGACGAGGAGCCCUGAUGAUUCUUUUGAGUACCCCGAGUUCUUCCACCACAAUGUGCAGCUCCACAAUAUUCUAGGAGCCAUCCUUGCCGAAUUCUACGAGAGACCUCCAGACGAGGAGGAAGACCAGCCUCCGCCUCUUCGUAAUGCCACAGGCUCGAAGAGAGAUGCCUUCCAUGCUACUGUCAUGAUUCGGCGGAUCAAUGAUGGCGACUUCCAGUCCCUCUUACAGUUCGACACAGCCUUGCUACAAUGGAAAUCGCAGCUUCCUGCCCAGCUCAGAUUCCCAUUCGACAGCGAGAUCGGCGAUCCUCAGUCAAACAACGUAGUCGACACAGAAGUCGCGCAUCGACAAGCCGCUGUCAUGCAUGCGCGGUUCUGGCACAUUCGCAUUCUUCUUUUCCGGCCACUGUUGCUGCGAACUUUGGCCGACUUUCGCCGGCAGGCACGGCAGAGCGAGACCAACGAUGAGCAGAAGUCGACUUUGCACGAAGGACUGUUGGUGCAAUCGUCGGUUCUGUGCAUUUCGGCUGCGCAGGAAUUAAGCCGGCUGAUUACAGAAAACCUGGAAAAAGAGACUGAUCUGCUACCCGAAUGGUGGCACGACAUCUUCUUGACCAACGCAGCCUCCGUACCAAUACCGACUGCCAACUACAACGCGGCUUCGAGCCUCAACGUAGUGGGACAGACUGAUGCCUCAGACUUGGAGAAUCUGGACUAUCAUGGCAUGCCACACGCUUCUCUGCCCCCAGACGGACAAAACAUGUGGGCUUUUGACGACUUCCAUGACGUGCCCGCCCACUCAGUCGAUGCGUACUUCACCAAUUGGAGUCCCAACUCAACUAAUAUGGCCUUCCUCACAGCUAUACCAUUUGAAUCUGGCCAACUCCCGCAAUAG